AUGAGAAACAUCGGAAACAUCAGACGGGUUCAAAUCCUCGUGCUCUUGUUGCCCCAUGCCCUGGCCGCCAGAAGCUCGCAGGAGUGCCCUUGUCUCUCAAACAGCUCGGGCGACUUAUAUGACCGGCUUCGGUCAGAGCUGGCUGCCCAAGGUAUAUCAGCGGACUAUGGCACCACGGGCUGCCACGCAUACGAUGCAAAUCUGUCCUUGUUCGGUUGCGAGGCCAACGCGGGUUCCUACUGCACCAACCCUUGGUGCUACGUGGACAUGACAUUGUGCCCUCUGGAUGAAGGUCAGUGCCAGGCCGCUGGGGAGACGCCAGGAAGUGAUGCUUCACCGCAUUGCCGAACCCGUCGAACGUCGAGCAGCAGCAUUGUCAACAUGUCCAUCUUCUACAGCUAUGAGACAUGUGGAUCCAUGAACUUGUAUGAUGGCACACGACACUCUGAAGGCAUAGGCGGAUACAUCAUCAAGAUUGCCGUGGAUCCCUUUCCGCCCUGGGUGCUCACCCGGGGGCAGGGAUAUGGCGGCGCGAGCUACGAUUUCUUUGAAAGGUCCCUUGACUUGUUCGAACCGAAGCCGCAGAUAAAGGUUGCUCCCGGCUGGGCCACGGAGCAGUCGAGGCAGUUAUACUCGAGCUCCUACACAGCGUGUGUGCACGAUGUGGCGAUCGGAAACUUCGACCUUUGCAUCGCGGAUCUUUGGCUCACGCCCGAACGAAAUCAGCUGGCCACCUUCCUUCCCCCUGUGCGCCACGACUACUUCUACUUGGUGGUGCCCAAGAAGCAGGAGGAGAUCACUUUCUGGACCCGCCUGGAAGCACCCCUCCGUCCGUUCACUGCGGAUGCGUGGCUCAGCAUCGUCCUCUUUCUGUGCGGUUUGUCGGCAUUGCUUUGGUUGGUGCAGCUCUGUGAGAAAGGCUUCUUCAAAAACCCGAAGGGCUUGUGUUCAUGGAGUGUGGCAGAGUUCGGCCGGUCCCAAUUCAAUGUGUGGCAUGAUUUCCUUCUUGGUCAGAGCAGUCAUGAUGUUGAAAGAGGUCCAUCGCACAAGCUCUUCAGCGUUGCUUUUGCGUUUUUCAUCCUUGUUACACUGGCCAGCUACACAGCAAGUCUGGCGUCGCAGCUUGUCAUUCAGCGUGGUGCUGAGGGAACAAUUGCUGACAUCAAUGCCGCCGUUGACCUUGGCAUCAAAAUAUGUGUUCCGUCAGUGUUGUACCCCACCUUUAGCAACUUGUACCCGCUGGCGAUGUUCGAAUCAGUGCCUGUGAUCGAGCAGUCUGCCCGCUACAUGCAUGCUGGGAGGUGUGGAGCCAUGGUAGUGUCCCAGGAAAUCAUCAACAGCAUGCAUGCAGGAAACAUCAGGGAGCAAGAUUGCAACUCAGGCCUCUCCGAGGACAUAUCUCGCUGUAACUACGACAACUUUGGGAAUCGGCGUGACGACUGCAAUUUCAUUCGUGCAGGAGACCUGCUCUGGAGUGUGCCACUCUCCUUUCCAGUCGGUGAUAGGAUUGCUCACAGUAUGUCCUGGGCAUUCACAAGUGGCUUAACAGGCGGGCUGCUCGAGGAACUCAAGGAGAACAAGUUUAACAAAGAUGCCUUCCCGCUGUCGAAGUGCGAGGUGGAGACACGAAGCGAAGAGGACGGCCUCACCUCCGACGAUCUCAGCGGCACUGUCUACAUCUCCAUCAUCAUCGCGGCAGUUGGGCUCCUGUGCUUUUGUGGCGAAAUGUACCGAAGUCGUGGCGAUGAGGCAGAGAGCAGUGACCCGCAAGACCCAAAGCAGGAGCAGCCUGAAAGACCUGCGGGCAUCCCAGCCGAAGGCUGGCCGUGGCCUCCCCAAAGUCCGGAAAGAGAUCCAGACCCGUUGAGUGCUGGCCCUAGCCAAGAUGCGUAG